AUGACAGCCCCCAACACCGUGGAUUUGAGCGACAUUGCAUUUCCCUCCCAGCCGUCACUGUCGACGCUCCUCACAUCCCUCAAACGCUCCACCCUCAGCAUCCACAACCGCCUCACGUCCAUCCUCUCCGACGCCGAAUUCGUCCGCCAAGCAGCCCAGACACUCAAGCAGCCGCCGUCAAAUGAAGCGAACCACGAACGCGCUCCCCGCCCCUUGGUCGCCAACGAACGCUGCGGAAGCUGGUACAUCCCCCCGGGCGACAAGUACGCCUCGGCCUACUUCAAGAGCACCGACGGCCACGAGCGCGCGUGGAAGUUCAGCACGCGGAGGCUCAACCUCCAUCUACUCGGGAUGAUUGAGGAGCACGACGGGAUAAUCAUUGUCGACUCCACCAGACGGGGCAAACGCAUGCCCGACGCCCUCUCAACCACCGUCCCGAUAUGGUGCACCGUCCUCAACAUCGUCCUCCUGCCCUCGCACCCGCUCUCGCCCCAGCUCUUCCUGCCGCCACACCUCCUGCCCACCACCCACGCCCAAAUCACCGCCCUCAUCCCGCAAUUCGUCGCCUCCUUCAAGGCCCUCAACCUCCCGGAUCUGCCCGUCAUCACGAAGCCCCUCCGCCCCUUCUGGGUCACGCAGGACUCUGUGCUCCCCUCCCUCGAACCCGGCGACCAGACCGCCGGCGCCGGCGCCAUAUACGCCUCCUGCAGACCGGUGAUUUGCCUCACCGCCUCGCGCCGCGACACGUCGACCAGCCAAGUCGAUUCCAGCGGCUACAUCCAAGGCGCGGCCGACGACACGGAGAACUGGGCGCACGGCCUGACGCCCUCCGUCUUCUGGGCCAACAAGGACCUCCUGCUGGCCACGCCCGAGCCAGACCUGCCGGGCCUCAUUGCGUCCCUGGCCCAGGCGGCGUCGGCGUCGGCGUCGGCGACCCCCUCCCCCAUCGUCCACCUGAUGCCGCGCAUCUCUGUGUGCGCGCUGCCCCUGCCGCCUGGCGAUGGCGGCUGCUGCGUCUCGCUGUCAAGCGCGUCCACCCCUAGGGAGGAGUGGACCAAGUCUGCCAGGCUCAUGGACGUUGGGCUGGGGAGGCACAAGACGGCCACGAGGAACCUGAGGACCGCACUGCCCUACAUAUGCGACUUUGUGUCGACGUGCCUGCGGAGUCAUCCGCAGGCCAGGGUGACGGUGGCUUGCGAGUCGGGCAAGGAUGCGUCUGUGGGCACGGCACUCGCUCUGUCGUGUUAUCUUUUUGACGACGACGGACAGCGCCGUCUGCCCGGCGAGACGGUCAGCUUCACAAAGACAUUGGUCAAGAGGAGGCUGGCGAGAAUAAUGACUAUCUUCCCUCGGGCGAAUCCUAGCAGGCAGACGCUCCAGAGCGUGAAUAGUUUCUUGAUGGAUUGGACAAGGUGA